AGCCGCGCAUUCUAUAUUAAACUGUCCGUGGAAACAGGUGCACAGCAUAAUUAAUCAAAGCAAUAGUAAUUGUGUAUUAAUAUUUUGAACAGCAUGUCGACAAUUGUGCGUAAACUAAUCAGCACUGCAAAUGCAGCAAAGCCGGUAGCGCCAUACAAUCAAGCUGUUGUGGCCGAUCGCACUGUUUACGUCUCUGGCUGCUUGGGCUUGGACAAGGCAACUAUGCAAUUGGUGCCAGGUGGCGCCACUGAGCAAACCGAGAUGGCGCUUAAGAAUCUUCAGGCUGUGCUCAAGGCAGCCGAUUCCGAUAUCGAUAAGGUGGUGAAGAACACGGUGUUUGUUAAAGAUCUCAACGAUUUUGCUGCGGUCAACGAGGUGUACAAGCGAGUGUUCAGCAAGGACUUUCCAGCCCGCAGUUGCGUCCAAGUGGCGAAACUUCCAAUGGACGCGUUGGUCGAGAUUGAGUGCAUCGCUUUGACUGGCACUGUUUACACGGUGCCCAACGAAUAGCAAUUAACGAAUUCCAAGCUGUAAGCAAAGAGAGCAAAAUAAAUGUAAAUAAUUCGA